UGUAUUUCCAUAUAUACCGUUCGGUGAACGUGUUUGUUUUGGACAUUACGUCAUCCCCGUCAAUGCUACAUUCCAUCUGUAAAUCUUUAUUGAUAGCUAGUGUAAAAAAUACUUUUAUAGAAACCGACGUGUAAUUGAGUUGGUGUUUAUUAAUAAAUACAAACGAUGCUUAAAACUUGUUUCGAGUGCUUAAUAGGUACAAGCUGCCGUGCAGAACAUGAUACAUACGAGACGAGAUUAAACGGACAUACGCAAACAACGAUGUGGUCAACACUAGAAAACGAAGAAAUAUUUAGGUUACCAAGACCUUUGAAAAAUGACGACAUAAUAAGUAUACGUGGAAACAUGACUGAAAAUAGACAAAAGUUAUUUUUUAAUUUAAAAAGUGGUAUACCUUCCCAGAAUAAUCAAGACUUUGUCCUACAAAUGGGAAUAGAUUUUUCUGAAGACAUUAUUACAUUAGUAACAAAUAAUAGUGGACCAAGAGAUCCAGAUAGUCAAAGGCCUUCAAGAAUACUGAACACUUUGGAUUUCAAGUUAAAAAUACAAAUAAGAAAUUAUGAGGAUUCAAUGCUCAUAGAUGUCGCUAUUGGGGAUUAUUCUCUGGAUCCUUUAGAAGUGGAUAGAAAUUCAUUAGAAAACAUCACAUUUUUCACAUUAAGCAAUGUUAUCAAAGUUGAAGAAUUGACAUUUACUUAUGCAUAAUUUUUUUUAUUUUUAUUUUGUGACUAAUAUACUUGGUCGUAGAAUAUGUAUGCAUGUUGUACUCUUUAUGUGUCCAUUAUAAAUCAGUAUUAAUCUGUUAAGAACAGUGAGCAUUUCAAAACUAUUUAUAUUAUAGUCAUAAAAUAUAUUUUUUAAGAAUGAUCCCACCCAUGUAAUAUUUAAUGCCUAUGUGAAAUGUUAUUGUUUUGUAUGUUUUAUUAAAGUGUACUAA